CUACAGGUCCCAGGAAGGCUGUUCUCUGGUCCUGGCAGACUGUCUGACUGUGGAGGUUACCAGGGUAAUAUAUGCAGACCCCUCCUCCAACUCAACACUACAACUCAUAUCAGGUCUAUAUGUACAUCUAGUCUCUGCAGUAGCCAGAAAUCUAGCCUGGACCCAGUGACCCCAUCUGACCCCUUCCAACUUGUAUCUACAGAAAUGUCCACCUUGUAUGAUGAUAUAAAAAAGGAGUUGACCACCUACGGCAGUGUGCUGCGGUACAUGUCACACUACUACUUUGACGGACAGGGGAAGGCUUUCCGACCAAUGGUGGUGCUGCUGAUGUCACGUGCCUGUAACUUUCACAACGGAGCUGCUGAAAACAGCUUGGCGCUGUCGUCUCAGAGGAGAAUAUCGAUGAUAGCGGAGAUGAUCCACACGGCCAGUCUGGUACACGAUGAUGUGAUUGACGAGGCAGACACCAGGAGAGGGAAGGCCUGUGUCAGUAACCUGCACGGGCAGAGAAAGGCUAUCCUGACAGGAGACUAUAUCCUCACCAUCUCGUCCAUGGCUCUGGCUGCCAUCGGGAACAAAGAUGUCGUCAUCCUGCUGUCUCAGGUCAUAGAGGACCUGGUCAGGGGUGAGUUUAUGCAGCUAGGUACUAAGGAGGAUGAAGAUGAGAGGUUUGCCCACUAUCUGAAGAAAACUUUCAAGAAAACAGCAAGUCUGCUGGCCUACAGCUGUAGAGCAGUGGCUGUUCUGUCUGGGAGCUCUAAGGAUGUGCAGGAAGUUGCUUACCAGUAUGGGAAAAACCUGGGCAUUGCCUUUCAGCUGGUAGAUGACAUGCUGGACUUCAUGUCUACAGAAGAGUUGAUGGGAAAGCCGACAGCUGCGGACCUGAAGCUGGGUCUGGCCACCGCUCCUGUCCUGUUCGCUGCAGAGAAGUACCCUGAGCUGAAUGCCAUGAUCAUGAGGAGAUUCAGUGAACCAGGAGACGUGGAGUUGGCCAGGGAAGCAGUUACAAAGACAGACAGUUUACAACAGUCCAGGAUACUGGCAGAGCAGUACUGCAGGGAGGCUGUCCGACAGAUACAACAGCUAGCUCCCUCCCCUGAGAGGGAAGCCUUAGUUACAUUAACUCAGAAAGUUUUAAAUAGAAAGAAAUAACAUAGAAAGUGUCACCUUUAUUUUAUAAUGGUUUUCAUAGUGUUUAAAAUGUUGUCAGUGUUUAAUAUAUGCCAUAUUUGUUGCUGUAGCAAGACAAUGUUUUGAAAUGGACUAUCUUGUUUUUUUUGCACAU